CACUUUAGUUAACGUGUGCGGCAGGGCGAGGGGUCUCGAAGUAGACCGCGUAGACUCCUCUUUCUCUCUCACUCGCUCGCGCGUGUGUCAAAUUAAAAAACGAAGCAGAUUUUUGGAGCAAUUUUUCCACGAGGAGGAGAAGGAGCAUCGAGGCGUUUCUCUUUGUCGCUCGCUCGUUCGCACGCACGAUUUCCUCGUGCGCGAGGCAAGCAGAGCAGGCACGAGAGGAGAGCCUCCCCGCGCCGCCCUUCUCGCCGCGCGUGCCCUCUUUGCUUCGACGAAUUCCGGAAUUAGUACGUGCCUUCGACGCCACGCUUCUCUCCUCGGGGAGACGCUCGCUCGCUGCGUGCGAAGCGAACCCUCUCUCGCGCGCGCCUCCUCGUCGGCCUCGUCGCUCGCGCGGCCGUGUUCCCGUUAGGCGGCUUCGUAGGAAGAAAAACAUUGGUGCGACGUGCGCUUCCUCAAGGAAGAUCUGUGUGCUGUGAUUUAUCACUAAGGGGGCCAAAACACGCGCAACAACGGACAACCCCACAGGACCGGGGGGUGCUUCUCGUGUCUCGGGAGGAAGGUCAGGGUCCAUAAAGUUACCUUGACAAUAACGAAAAAAAAAAAACAAAAAAAAACAAUACAAACGCUAGAAAGCGAUUACUUAUUCAGCACAAAUCGUUGCGUUGCUACUUGUGACACUGACAUUAGAAAAAUUCGAUGCCUUCCAGGGACGAUAUUCGCUCCCUAUCCACUGAGCAACGCUGGAUCCCUCCUUCAACUGUUAGACGCGAUGCACUCACCCCAGAAAGCCGAAAUGAUCUCAUCUUUAGAAAGGUGCGGGGUAUUCUUAACAAGCUCACACCGGAAAAAUUCGCAAAGCUGAGCAACGACCUGCUCAACGUUGAGCUUAAUUCCCAUGUGAUUCUCAAGGGUGUUAUUUUCUUGAUCUUCGAAAAAGCACUUGAUGAACCCAAGUACAGUUCUAUGUACGCACGGCUGUGCAAACAGCUGUCUGACGAAGCCGCAAACUUUGAACCCCGUAAACCGAUCGAUGAAAGUCAAAAAGGCCAGAGCACAUUCAGAGUUCUUUUACUUAACAAGUGCAAAGACGAGUUCGAAAAUCGUUCAAAAGCAAGCGAGGCAUUCGAGAAUCAAGAUGAGCUCGGUCCCGAAGAAGAAGAGCGCCGACAGGUGGCCAAGCGCAAGAUGCUUGGUAACAUCAAAUUUAUUGGGGAGCUCGGCAAGCUGGGUAUCGUGUCGGAGCCGAUUUUACAUCGUUGCAUCCAGCAGUUGCUGGAGAAGAAAAGGCGAGGGGGAUCCCGGGGGGACGCGGCAGAGGAUAUCGAAUGCCUCUGCCAGAUUAUGCGUACCUGCGGCCGUAUCCUUGACUCGGAUAAGGGCCGCGGACUUAUGGAUCAAUACUUCAAACGUAUGAACUCUCUGGCAGAGAGUAGGGAUCUUCCUCUACGCAUCAAAUUCAUGCUGCGUGAUGUGAUUGAGUUACGCCGCGAUGAUUGGAAACCGCGCAAGGCCACGAGCACCGAAGGCCCGAUGCCGAUUAAUCAAAUCCGCAACGACAACGAGGAGCCAUCGCGGGGAAAUGGUUUCCACAGAGGACGAGAGGAUCGCCUCGGUGCGGAGUUUUUACGUAAAAUGGGACGAGGCGGAUUAGACGUGGAAAUGAUGGGAAGUAUACCAUUGACUUCCCCCUCAUUCGGUAUGGCACCACCACCAUUCAGUCCGAAUGGAUUUGCGGGAACUCCUGGCGUUGGUUAUGGCCGCCAUAAUCAACGUAAUCAGCCAGGAGGUGGAGGCGGCUACUAUCAAAACCAGAGUCGUCAUCAGAACAAUUUCGAAGGAAAACGCAACCAACCGCAACAUAAUUUACCGCAAAACUUUAACAACAACAGCAAUAAGGAACAACUUCGAUUCAACAAAAAUAAGAUGCUGAUCGGAGGACAUCCGGAAGAAGUGUCUCUGAGACCCUCAGCUAAUUCGAUGAUGUUCAAACAAACUAACAUCAACUUAAACCUACCUCUCAACAAUGAUUUGUUCCCAGGACGGGGCUCAGAUAUGCCUCUCUUACGUACUACCGCUCUGAAGCCCAGCUCACCUUUGCUGCACAAAGAAACACCACCUGCUAUUGUGAUCAAGCAAGGUCCUGUAGACAAACGGGAGAAGGCUAGGGACAGAAAAGACAAAGGACCGACACGAGAAGAAGUGUUGAAGAAGGUGAAUGCCUUAAUGGACGACCUCGCGUCUCACACAAAUGUACAGGACGCAAUGACAGCCUUCAAAGAUCUUAAAAUACCCGAACGAUUCUUGCGUCACACGAUUUGCACGAUGUAUUCGAACACGUUGGAUCGUGGAGACUCUGAACGCGAGCUAGCUGCCAAAUUCGUGGCUGAAUUGAAAAAGGAAAACUUGCUCACUCUACAGCAAGUAAACGAAGGAUGGAAGGAAUUAGUGGCCAGUAUUUCGGAGAAGGAGAGUACCGUGCCUUUGGUAGCGUCUCACGUUGCCUUCCUGACAGCUAAGGCUAUAGUGGACAAUUUAAUCCAAUUAACGGAUCUCGCCUCGGAAACAGAAAAUGGUCGUCAUCAUCCGCUGUUUCUACUAACCCUACAGCAACUCCACAAGACCCAGGGCAAGGCGAGACUCACGCAGAUCUUCAAUGACAGCAAGGUGGAUCUAAUUAGCCAACUGCCAGAAGCGGAGAAAACAAAGGAACGUUUGGGCGAGAUUUUGGAAGAUCGGGAAUUGACUUUCCUUUAUCCUCUUCUCAGAAUCCAGGGUGAUAUGUGGCGUCAGUUAGAAGCUGACCCAGCGCCCAACGCUCUUUACAAAUGGAUCAAGGAGAAGCUGGAUCCCCAACAUCAUUCUGAUCCCGCAUUCAUUAAUGCUAUGAUGAAUGUGCUUUUCAAAUACAUCACUGGGGAGACAACAUUGGCGCCCGGUGUUGAUCCGACCAUAAAUCCAGAGAAACAACUGCAAGAGAAGGAAAGUGCGUUAUUGGCGAAAUAUGCACGUUUCAUUCGCACAUUCCUGACUACCAUCGACUCGCAAGUUACGGCUCUUCAUGCGCUUCAAGUGUUCUGCUUCUCGCACAAUUUUCCAAAAGGGCUGCUACUACGAUGGUUUAUAGCACUCUAUAACCUUGAAGUUAUCGAAGAGGAAGCAUACCACAAGUGGAGAGACACCGUUACCGAUGCUUAUCCGGGCAAGGGCAAGGCUUUGUUCCAGGUAAAUUCCUGGUUAACAUGGCUUGCUGAAGCAUCAGAGGAAGAAGAAGAGGAUGACGAGGAUGAGAAGAAUUAAUUGCAAGAGCCUCGAGAGCAUUAUUCAGACUAUCUAUGAUUUGGAAUAGAGUUUUACUAUCUAUAUCACUGAACCACAGGAGGUGUUUCAGUUUUACUAAUUGAGUUAUCACCAUCCGGAAUUGCAAACAUCUUGUUAGUCUGUCUCAAGCCCUCACGCGUGGUUGAAAAAAAAAAACGGACUUUACAAUCAUGUCUGAAAGGAAUAAGAUAGUUUGUAGUCAACGAGUGGUAUACGACAGACGUUUCAAGCAAGACGUUUUAGAAUUUUUUUUAGAUAAUUAAAUAUCGGUAUAAUUUAUAAAAUAUAAUAUUGGGCCAGCAGAUAUAAUCAAGAUACUACGCCACUGUAUGGUCGUCGGUGCAGAAAGCAAAAAAGAAAAAAAAACACGAGAAAAUUAAUCUGGUUAUUCUUGUGUUGUCCGAGUUUUUGUCUAGUAUUGUGCAUGUGUCACGUUUUGUAAGUAUCCUUUUUGUUCGCGGUAAUAAGUGGAGUCAUUUGUUAUCUCUGUGUACCGAGCAUUACAUUUAUUAUGAAGAAUUAUUAUGAUUAUUAAUAUUAUUAUUAAUUAUAUAUAAUUGAUUAUCAAUAACCAAAAUAUAUCUACAUCUUUCUAAUGAAGAUAAAAAAUAGAAAAAAAAGUCAAAAUUAAUCGGAAGCAAAGGGCCGACUCAGUAGUGUACGUAAACCGCAAACAGUGAAGCACUUUUUUUUCGAAACAAGAACGAAAAACUCUUUAGAUUGCAGUUUAUAGAUACACCAAGUACAUGCGUAUUAUUAUCGAUAAAUUAAAACAGAAACGAGAGAAAAGUGAGAAACGCCGUUUGCCCGUGUAUCUACUUGCUGCGCCAUUUGAUUUUAAUAAGUACUAAUUAAUUACAAUUAUAAUAACAACCAGCAGCCAACAUCACAUCCAUUUAACGUAAUAAUUAGCGAACACUAGUGGUGACACGACUAAAACUCGUAUUUAAAAGAAAAAAAAAGAAUAAAAUAUGCCUUGGUGUAAUUUAUUACAGAUGGCCCUCUGGUUGUUGCGUUGAUGACCGUUCACCACCACCACCACCACCACCACUACCACACCUCACCUUACGUCAUAUUUCCCGCCUUACACAUGUAAUAAUUUUUGAUAGCUCGUUCGAUCACCGAGUACAAAGAGAUCAAUGCGCACAACAAAAUUAUCAUCGCGCGUAUUGAUCGAGAUGAAUGGAUGGAGGGCAACUGUGUAUCUCCCACAGUUGAUAAUUUUUGGAACGGCUCGAGACGCCAGUAAGGGUUCUUUCCAUUUAAUGACCCAAGUCGACACAAACGUUAUUUUAUCUUUUUUGAUAUUGAAUGAGUAAUAAAGAUAAAACAACGCUUAUGUCGACUUGGGAUCACUAAAUGGAAAGUACCCUAAGCCGGAAGCUCCGUGCAAUAAUAUAUCGCGUCAAUUUUCGCGAUCUUUUGUUUUUCUUCUCUUUUUCGUUCGAACGGAGAUACCUAGCUCCUGUAUACUCAGCGCCUUUCUUUUUCUUCCGUAGUAACUGGCUAGUAUCCCUAUUAUUGAAUCUGUAAAACUAGGUGUGUAGAAACUGAAUAUCCGACGCCAAGAUAAUUUGGAUACGGUUUCGUUGUCGUUAUAAGAUAUUGUACAUAUGUAUUCCUGAUUGUUCCACGGUUUCUACGUAACUUCGUCGCCGGACUGGAGUGUUCUCUCCGAAUGGCGUCCCCUUUAAAGAAACAAAAAAAAAAGAAAGAAAUGUAGCGUCGGUCGGUUAAGACUAGUACCUCCGUUACUUCAUCCGAAUAUGUCAUACUGUCAUGCAUUAUUCACGAGCUAGUUUUGAUGCCAGCACUCUGAUACACGCGCGUCGAAAAUGUGUUAAGCCAGAAUUUUUCCUCGCAACCGAAGCGGCGUGUAAUAAGUAGAUCGUAAUGCGACGAUACUUUGUCGGAAGAAUUGGCGAUAGGAUGGUAGCAGCGUACAUUAUUCGCGACACGUUCCCCCGUUUCUAUCUGAUCCAAGGAAUAUUAAAUUGGAUCAAAUUCCCAUUCGUAGCGGUUUCGAACGGCACACGCCGCCCACGUCGCCUGCGAGGACCGACUCUGUGGGAGGAGUCCCUUCGCACACGUAGGGGGAAAAAAAAGAAAAUGUUUGUAACAAUAAUGUAAUAUGUUAGCGGACAUUCGUACAUUCAUUAUGUUUCCCGUUGACCAAUGUUCAUGUCCAUUUGCCGAAUUACAACGCGUAUAUGCGGGUACAUUUCGCCGCCGCUCCGCGAGAGAGUAACUGUGUGCGUGUAUGCGUGCGUGUACUUGGACUUUGUUAAUUUACUUUCCCACGCGUAAUCACGUCGAUCGGUUUCUUCGAUCGAGCGUACGCAUACCAAUUGAUCCAUAUGUAACAUCUUCAGUAUUAUUUCGCGAAUAAUCGAGCCACGUUAUGUAGAAUCUUAGUGUGUUUCGCUCUCCUCCCCCUCUCAGAUAUUAAAACCGAUUAAAAAUAAAAAAACCGCAUCUUUUAUCUCUGUCAAUAAAAACUGUUCCUAGGA